UACGUGAAGGUAAAGCUCGUGCUAGCAAUAUCCCCCGACGCUGUUGUUUGCUGGCCCGUGUGUUUUGUUCGGACCAGCCAAGGAUGGUGGAGUGCUCUCCAGGCCCGGAAGGCGGCGUAGCACCUGACUCAAGUGGCAAUUCCGUGGAGACGGCUCCAGGUUCUCAAAUGCUGGGGACUGGGGGUCAGUCUGACGCAGCGCAUGCACCAGUAGUCAGCUCGCGCGUUAUCCCCUUCCUUCGGUCGAGUUCUGAGGGUAACAUCGGAGUCUCGGUCUCGCCGUUCCCGACCCCAGCCAAAGUCCACCCAGGACGCGUACGCGGUGCUGAAGAGAAGCGGAAGUUUGUGUUUGGUGGCAGCAUUGCGAUCCAGGAGGAGCGUGGCGAUCGCAAGCCGCCAGCAGACGACAGCGACACAUUCUUGAGUGCGUCGAUGCAGUUGAUGAACUUGAAUGGCGAGGCUCGCCAGCGUGUGCGUCAGUUGUGGACUUCGGUGCAGCGCUUAGGAAGAGAGAACCAAAUCACCGAGACGGGCAUGGAUGUGCUGUAUGUGGAGCUGAGCAAUAUCCUCAAGAGCAUCAGCGCGGAAAAGCUCGAGACUGCCAAGCCACUCAAAAGCGGGUCGUUGGUGCUGCUAGCUUCAUCUCCAGCGAACGAUCCAAGUACCAUCAACAGUGGAGCCGCAGUGAAAGCUCUCUUCGGAUCGAGACCAACCGCUCAAUUGAUGCAGUGCACUCUGUCUGAAGACCAGAGCAAGCUCGAAAUGACACCCGUCCGACAAGAAGCUGCUCCUACGAACCGCAGUGGCAGCAACCUGCCGAAUGUACAAACCUCGACGUCAAGCAGGUUUGGGCUGCCGUCCACGGCGUCAUUGAUGGGGAUGAUCUCUGAAGCCUUUCAAGAGGAGCCAACCACUCGGGUUAUCAGACUGCAAGGUUGUCAGGUCCGAAGACUUGUCCCGAAACCCCCAAGCAGCGAUGUCGCCGUGGAUGACAAUGGAGUGGCGAUGAAAGCGAAGAUAUACCAUCGUUUUCAACUACUAGUCCCUUACAAGACGCAGAUGAGCGCUCCAACGGACGGAGUUCGAGCGGAUGUCCUAUUCCCCACCAGAGCUCCUGUGCCGUACGAAUCGUUCAUCUUUGAAGUUCCGGUACAAACUUCAGGCGAUGGAGGAGCAGAAGCAGAUCUCGACGCACAAGCGGAAGUUGACGAUUGGGUCUGGGCGCUGGAUCGAGUGUGCAGAUUCCAGCUUCAUCGCCUCGAACACGCGUUGCGAGAGGCUCCAAGCCUGGGUAAGUGGCCGUACGGCUUCUCUUCACCCGUUCAGCUGCCCUAACAUCGUAUUUUUUUGUUUUGCCCCCAGAACGCUACCGAGAAACCCUGCAACGCCAUUUUCCCGUCUGCGUCUCGCUCAGCUGGCUCCGCAAUCGAGUGGACCAGCCGACCCUGCAGCGUCGUGCCAGUGUCAACCUGAGCAUGAUUCAGAUCGUGAAAGAUCUAGGUCGGGACAAGGUGCUCUUGGACGACCAGUUGUUCAGCGCUAGUGCUGGGAACCCGUACGAAUGCGACGACAUGGAAUCGGACAGCGUCUCGGAAGUAGUCAAGUACAUGGUCAAGAAGGUCUUGCAGUUCGAGCAAGACGUGGCUUCACAAAGCAAGGACCCUGGGAAGCCUGGGGUGCCAACAACGCCAUCGCACCAACCUUCCUCUCCUGCUCAUCGCUUCGCUAAGAACUCUGAGGCUCGAGCACUUGCGUUCGUCGAGCGCGUGCUGCAAGGAAGUUCUCGGACUCAAAGCGGUGGCGACAUCUACGACGCCAUCAGCUUCUUCUGCCAGCAAGAGCACGUCUCCAUUUGCCCCGUUUCGCAAGAUGCACGCCCCGUGCAGAUGCGGCUUAUCACCGAUGCCACCAAAGGCAUUUUCCAAGUGGAAGUGCAGGUCUGCAUGCAGUUCAAAGUGAUCGAGCUAACUCCGAGGUCCCCAGCGCCAGCUCCACCGGUUGAAGAUGGAGAAGCCUCCUUUGAUCCAGAUUCAGCGAUGCCAAACUCCCCGCGCGAUAGUAUGCGCGAGUGGGCGGUGCUCGAGGGAACGCUGUCGCGCGAAUUCACAUUGGGGAAGCUCGCCGCGCCUGGCACCGUCACCAUCAACUACAUCUCAUCCAAUGACAACUGAAUGCAUAAACGGAAGAAAAAUAUGGCAGUGCCGGAUGCACGAUAAUGUUAAGGGGAUAAUUGGGCUGAGCUAGCGUUGACGUACCAUUUGUUCAUCUACAGAAGCUGCGGCACGAGGCUAGUUCGGCCAUCCAAAAAUUGGGGCUUGACGUUCUCUUCUUCAGUCGGGCCUGACCCAACGCUAGCUCGGCACAGUGGGCAAGAGCGUUCAUGGUCAAACCACUCAGUCACACACUCCUCACAGAACAUGUGCGAGCACGCGAGCUUCACAGGCUGCCGCAUAGUUUCGUAGCAGAUCGAGCAGUCCGGGGACCCGGCCUCCACCAGCUCAUCGUGCGUGACAUACACCCCGAACUCAAGUCCCAGCGUUACGAAGGAGCGCGUCAAAAUGAAGAUACGCCGGCCUUGAGUUGCAAGUAUUAAACCCUACUCACACAUCCAUCGUUAGAAUUGGCAUCACGCAAAUGAAGGUGAUCGCACAUGCGUACCUUGAUAAAGAGGUAGGCAAAUGUGAACACAUCAGCCAUGAACUUGGAGGCACAGAGCUGGUAAAAACUGCACCAUGGGAUGCUUGCAAGCAGUGACCGCACGAAAAUGGAGCACAUUUCAAUGAUCCCGUAGAGUUUACGCUGAGACAACAAAACGCCAAUUACAGUUAGAGAGUGAUAACUGAAGUGGGCAAGCAAACCACUCUGCGUACCUUUCUUCGGUAGAAGGCCACCGUCGACACUGCUUGCUGGGUAAGCGGGGUGAUAGUCGUGUUGUCAUCCUCUUCGCCUGCAAUCACUGUGGUCGGUGACUGGUCCCCGGUAGUUGUCGCUUCAUCCUGAUGCUUUCUUCGGCAUUGAAAUCGGUCCGACUUGGCACCAGCUACGAACGCUUUCACCACUAUACUCCAAAGCCGCACCAGAAAAUCUGUACGCAGCAUAAAACCAAAUAACUGAGCACAAGCUAGUCAUACAUGCGUCGCUGAGCGUCAACACGUACCGUUGACGAGCACUGUCCAGAGCACCUGCCAGAAGAUCCCGCCGGAUAAACCAUCAUCACCGUCGCUGCUGUGGGUUGACCUCGACUGGAGCAUUUGAGAAAAGUGAUGCAGCGGGUUCGGUGGGCCAUCCACGGAGCAUAUCGCAAUCAUAUCGAUCGCGCACAUCGCGACGAUCCCUAGAAGAUGCCAAUUACUCGCUUUGUCCUUCAGCGCAACUUGCUCCCGCAUCCGUUGAUCAAGCCCCAUGACCGCAACGGUGCCCACAACGAACACCAAUAUCCCUGUGGCAUGCUGGUAGGCGAAGUACACCAGGAACAGCGCCACAAAAGGAAGAGAAUUGUGGCAUCUCCGGAACAGCGCCUGCAGCUCGUCCAUCGCCGUCUGAUCCUCGCUGUCAUCCACUGAGUUGCGUCUUCCACGACCACCACUACCGACACGCACAGUGGGCCGCGUCGCAGAAGCACCCUCUGCAUUCCCUGUACCUUGGGGCCUUGGUCCGCCGCUGUCGCUGCGUUCAAGCUCCCCGCUCGCCGACAUGGAAUACAUGGAGGACACGGAGCUUCCUCGUCGUCGACUCCUGGGCGGCGAUCCCUGUCUCUCUUCACCUGCAGAAGGCUGAGUAGGCAGCAGCCUCCCAGUCUCGCCCUCUUCCCCAGUGUUCUCCUCCGACGCCGUCGAGUCCUGCCUCCCAGCGGCUGCGAAGUUCCUCCAGGACGGCGUCUGGUUGUUGAAAUCCUGCAGAAACUGACCAAUCGCUAGCUGGGGAAGCGCCUGAAGUAGCCUCGAGCUCACGGCGUCCCCACUGACGGGAGUGCUCAACGCAGCGGCCAGCAGCCGCUGACGCAGCAGCUCCGCGUCCUCCGGGACGUGCUCCGGGUCGAACGACGCGCUGUUGCUGCGCCCCACGAAGCCCCGAAGCGCUGGGUCGUACGGCGUGCGACUCUCCAUCUC